AUGUCGCGUCGGCAACUCGCUGAGACUGUACGUAGUCUCAAUAUUGUUGGGCCGGUGUCGCGUGCCCUAGCACAGAGUCCCUCGUCCAGCAAUCCUGUAUCAAACCCGGUCACACCUGAGGACUCAAUAUUCUUCGAUAUGUUCCGCCAUGCCACAGUUGCCAGCACGUGUGGAGUCUUCCCGUCUUCGUUCUGGUGCGAAACUGUUAUGCAACUGGCCCAUAAUGAACCAGCCAUUUGGCACGCAACCCUCGCUAUUGGGGCGCUGCACAGAAGGACAGGAAUACUGGAAAGGGACUCUAGGGGCCUUGAUGAGCAAUCUUUGGUACGCCGUGCUGAGACUCACUAUGGCAAGGCCUUGGGUCUCGCCCAGGACUUGACUGAUGAGCCAAAGAUCGCUGCCUUGGCUACUGUACUCGUCUCUGCCGCUUGUUUACUAGGGAGGUGGCCUGAGAUGCAAAAGCACCUCAUGGCUGGUCUGAAGAUCGUUUCGUCAAAGCAGGAUCCUGCACCAAGUCUCCGCGUUGUUGAGUCGACACUCAUGAAACUCGACCUCCAGGCAAUGGCAUUCAGUGAAUCCAGUCCACCGUAUCCAUACGAGACGACAGCCAUCGCCUUUCCUGUAGCCAAGUUUCUUGCACUGCCACUUAUUCAAGGUGUGUCGUACGAAGAAAUCUGCGCAGAGAUAUUUGGUCUGUUCAGAACUUACAUGAUCCUGGACGAUGACUAUCUCCAGGGGAGUGUGGCCUAUGGUCCUUGGCUCACAACCCAAAACUCCUUCUUACGGCGUUUGAUUCAUUGGGAAAACAGAAUGGCAUCUUUCGAAAGUAUACAUCCCCCAAGACCUAGUGACGAAACCACCAGACUCUGUAUCCGCCUAUGGCAUGUCACAGCCAGAAUACUUAUCAAGGCAACGCCGAUAGGAGGCGAGACACGGUUCGAUUCACUCCUUGGUCACUUUGAAUACGGUAUCAAGAUAGCCUCAGCAGCAAGCAAAAGUAUGAGUGAUAGUCGGUUGUCUUCGCUGAGUCUUGAACCAGGGCUCGUGGCUCCUCUCUGGUCAAUGAUCCAUCGGUGCCGGCAUCGCGCACUUCGACGUGCUGGUCUGGUCAUUCUCGCAAAUGCGAGUCGGACUGAAGGCAUGUGGAGUAGUCGAAUGACGGCUCCUACUAUAAAGGCAGUUGUGGACGUGGAGGAGGAAAAUUUAAGCCCCUUCGAGUUAAACGACUACGUUUCGACUAUACUCAGUAGUCCUGCCUUGAAACUUCCGUGGAGUAUCUGGUCAAAGCCUGAUAUGGAAAUCCCAACUACUUUGACCUGGCACGAUAUGCCCGUUAUUCCUGAGGAGCAUCGGGUGAAGGAUAUACUUGGUCUGGUUGGUGUAAAUCAGUCACGCGUUGGUAUUCGCCUGUUGAUGUCUACAGAUCCCAAUGUGAGUUCAGUCAAACCAGGUCGAGUAAGAGAGGUGGUGGUGAAGUUUUGA